AUGACAACACUAAUCUGCUGGAAUAUGGUUGAGCCACACAUGCCACAGCGGGCGUUGCGACAAUUUGGGAUUGUCCAACCUUAUAUCCCGAUUGUCGACCGGUUCCACGGAUCUGAUUUUACGAAACAGGAUCGACGUGGCAAAGCAGGUCGGAACUGGGUUCAGUGGCACGCCAAUCAUAUACAAGAUUGGCAUAAUAGGCACGACACGGUGUAUGUUGAUUUGGAGUACUCAUUGGUGCCUGUUGCUACUGAUGAGUACAUGGAUUGGUGUCGCCGGAUAACCGUGGUGUACCUAACAAAACCUGGGGUGCAUUCUCAUGAGGGCUUCCAUGAAACGGCUGCCUCUCAUCACUACGCGGUGGAGACCCUUCACAAAAUACGCCACUUUCUUAGGGAGCAAGACAUGUCAGGACGGCCGGAUUUAUUCACCAUUUCGAGAAUGGUUGAAGAUGGCCUCCAGAUAUGUGGGGAAGCUGAGACGAUGGACCACCGUCCUUCACAGCGCUCUGAGCUGGACCUUGACAUGCCCGUGCGGCAAAAAGCGAAGCGGCGUGGAAAGAAGAAAGUUGGGGGAGAGUCGUCAUCAUCAAGGAUGGAUACUCAGUUGGUUGAUGAUUCUGAUGACGAUUUUGUGGCUCCACCUCCACCAAGAUCUGCCGUGCGGGGUCGUCACUCAGUCAGCCACACGGGUGGUACAGGAGAAGAUUUCGGUCUCAGCGAUCAACAAUCUCCACCUCGGUCUUCUGCGAGAGACGACAUUGAUUUAGAGAAUGCCGUCGUUGAAGAUACUCCUCCGUCUAGAAUCCCUAAGACCAGCAUCGGGAAGGGAAUCAGUAGUCUGUUUAUGCGUAAAAGGCGAGACGAGUGA